AUGACCAGUCUCAAGCGGCCCACGGCCAGUGAUAAUGGCAAUUUGAACCUGUCGAGCAAAGUCUACGUCAGAUCAACCAAGAGUGGCAAGGUCCAAAAGAUCGUUCGUGAGGUCUAUCUCAGACAAGAUAUCCCCUGCUCAUCGCAGGUGUGCUCAAAAUGCCGAGCCCCGGCUAACGCGGCCGGCCAAGUGAGCCCUCCCGUGCUUUCGGAUAAGCCAGCAGGAACCAAGGCUUUCCCUAAUGGCCACUAUUUGGUGCCGGACACAAAUGCACUGCUCAAUGCCAUGGAUCUGUUCGAGCAGAGCUCUGCGUUUUACGAUGUGAUUGUGCUCCAGACUGUGCUAGAAGAGCUCAGGAAUCGAUCACUACCGCUGUACAACCGGCUCAUCAGUCUGACCAAGAGCGAGGACAAGCGCUUCUACGUUUUCUUCAACGAGUUCAGGCUAGAAACAUACGUGGCCAGGGAGCAAGAUGAAAGCGUCAACGACAGAAAUGAUCGGGCUGUGCGGAAAGCCGUGGAGUGGUACAACACCCAUUUAUCACACAUCAAGAGCAAACGUGUUCCCACUGUGGUCAUGCUCACGGACGACAGAGGCAACAUCGAAAAGGCAAAGAAGGAGAAUGUGCCUGCGACUACUUUGCGUAACUACGUCAGUGGACUGGAGGAUGGCGAGAGGCUGCUGGACAUGAUCGCAGAGUCGCAGGAGAGAGGCGCUGCCCGCGACAAGAAGGCUGCCGACUUCCUCUACGCCGAGUACUUCAGCAUGUCCAAAAUGAUGACUGGCGUUAAGAACGGCAUGCUACAUCAAGGAAUUUUCAACGUAUCACCUUACAACUAUCUAGAGGGAUCGAUCAGGGUACCGGCUUUCCCAAAGGCCCUCCUCAUCCUAGGCAGAGAGAACAUCAACCGAGCCGUCGAUGGCGAUGUCGUUGUAGUCGAAGUUUUGCCAAAAGAACAGUGGAAGGAACCCUCGACAAAAAUCAUCGAGGAAGAAGCCGUCACCAAGAACGAAAACGCCGAUGGCGAUGAGGGCGAGGACCUAGUCACGGAGAAGGAGAGAAAGGCGCUCCAAGAGGAGGUGAAGAAGACACAUUUGGCGAGCACCGAGGGACGGGCCCAGCCCACUGCCAAGGUUGUUGGUAUCAUAAAACGAAAUUGGAGGCAAUACGUUGGCCACAUUGACCAAACCUCUGUCAGCUCAUCUGCAAAGCAAGGACGAAAGCAAGAAACGGUCUUCUUGAUCCCCAUGGACAAGAAGAUCCCAAAGAUCAAGAUACGUACAAGGCAAGUUGGCGAACUCUUAGGGAAGCGCGUCCUGGUCACCAUUGACUCUUGGGAUCGCGAAUCUCGGCAUCCCGUCGGCCAUUUUGUCCGCUCCUUGGGCGAGCUUGAGACCAAGGCGGCCGAGACAGAGGCCUUGUUGCUCGAAUACGAUGUCCAAUACCGUCCGUUCCCAAAGACGGUCUUGGACUGCUUACCAAAAGAGGGUCAUGACUGGCGCGUGCCGACAAGUACCGACGAUCCUGGUUGGAGAGGCCGCGAGGAUCUCCGCGGUUUGCUCAUCUGCAGUAUCGAUCCUAUUGGCUGUCAAGACAUUGAUGACGCCUUACACGCUCGAGCCUUGCCGAACGGAAACUUCGAGGUUGGUGUUCACAUUGCAGACGUCUCACAUUUUGUCAAACCAAGCAAUGCUAUGGAUCACGAGGCUAGUAUUCGUGGCACCACUGUCUACUUGGUCGAUAAGCGUAUCGAUAUGUUGCCAAUGUUGCUUGGAACGGACCUGUGUUCUUUGAAGCCAUAUGUUGAGCGCUUCGCCUUCUCGGUUCUGUGGGAGCUUAACCCGUCAGCGGAUAUCGUGAAUGUUCGCUUUACCAAGUCAGUCAUCAAGUCUCGCGAGGCAUUCAGCUACGAGCAGGCACAGCUACGUAUCGACGAUGCUUCGCAGCAGGAUGACUUGACAAACAGCAUGCGCGCCCUCCUCAUGCUCUCGAAAAAGCUGAAGCAAAAGCGCAUGGAUGCAGGAGCGCUGAGCUUGUCGUCUCCUGAGGUCAAGGUGCAGAUGGAGUCGGAGACGUCGGACCCAAUCGACGUCAAGACAAAGGAGCUCCUCGACACAAACUCACUUGUUGAAGAAUUCAUGUUGCUCGCCAACAUCAGUGUAGCAGGCAAGAUCUACGAUGCCUUCCCUCAGACGGCCAUUUUGCGACGCCAUGCAGCACCGCCCAAGACAAAUUUUGAUGAGCUGGCCAACCAACUCAAGGUCAAGCGUAAUCUCGAGCUACGCGUUGAUUCGUCUCGGGCACUAGCCGACUCACUGGAUGGAUGUACUGACACCAACGAACCAUUUUUCAACAACCUCAUUCGUAUCAUGGCGACCCGCUGCAUGAUGAGUGCUGAAUAUUUCUGCGCCGGAACACAGGCCUACCCAGAGUUCCGCCACUAUGGUCUCGCUUCAGAAAUCUACACUCACUUCACAUCGCCCAUCCGUCGCUAUGCCGAUCUGGUAGCUCAUCGUCAACUGGCUGCUGCCAUUGACUAUGAGCCCAUGCACCCCGCCGUGCGAUCCCGUGGCAAACUCGAGGCUGUGUGCAAAAACAUCAAUGUGCGUCAUCGCAACGCGCAGCUCGCCGGCCGCGCUUCUAUUGCCUACUAUGUUGGGCAGGCACUCAAGGGCAGGGUGGCCGAGGAGGAAGGAUUCGUCAUGAAGAUCUUUAGCAACGGAUUCGUCGUCCUUGUACCAAAGUUUGGUAUCGAGAGUCUGAUUCGCUUGAGAGACUUGGCAGAACCGGAACCAGAUAGUGUCUAUGAUGCCGAGACCUAUACACUGAAGUUGACUGGCAGCCGAGACUUGACGGUCGACUUAUUCCAAAAGGUCAUUGUCAGAAUCAGUGAUGCAAAGGACGAGGCUACUGGAAAGCGUGGCGCCAAGAUGGAGUUGGUGAGAACUGUUUGA